AUGCGUUGCUUCUUGUUCCAAUGUAUUCCAGUUGAUUCACCUGCGUACUAUUUUUCAUAUGCUUUUAAGAUGAUAAACUGAUGAAUGUUAUUUGUUAGGACAAUUUAUGAAUUAUUAGCAUAUGCACAUAUAGUUGUUUGAUUACUAUUGCAUGCUUUGAUUAAUUAUGCAGUUAUUACCUUAAAUUUAGCAUUUAACUGUGUGAAUAUAAAUACAUAUUCAGAGAAUACUUGACUUUAUUACUUAUAACAUGCAUAUGACCUUUUUUGUGAUCUCGACUCCACGCAAACUUUUGUUGAUGAAUCAUUUGCAAGAAGGGAUUUGGAUCAUGGACAUUUCAUCUCAGAUUCUAUUCAACAGGUCAAUGGCACAUCUAUGUUUAUGUCCCUUGAGGAUGGGUCUUAUUGCAAAAGCGCACGGAUGCCUGUUUGAACUUUAUACAAGUGGUAGGCGGAAAAAGCUGCUUGCGCAAGGUGUAUCUGAAAAUAGGUAUCAUGAAAAAACUCCUGAGCAGGUGGCGUUUGGGAUGGCUGUGGAUGAUGAUUGCAAGCUGAAAUUCUUGGAGUUGAAGGCGAAGAAAACUCAUCGUUUCAUAGUUUUUAAGAUAGAUGAGAAGCUGAAACAGGUUGUUGUGGAGAAACUUGGUUAACCCACUAUGAGCUACGAGGAUUUCACUGCGAGCCUUCGUGAGAAGGAAUGUCGAUAUGCUAUUUAUGACUUUGAUUUUGUCACCGAGGAGAACUGCCAGAAGAGCAAUAUAUUCUUCAUUGCUAGGUAAAUUACUAAAAUUUUCUAUAAUAUAUGGAUUUAGGUUGUGGUAAUGAUUUGUAUUUGUUUUCCCAUG